AUGACUCAACCUGUGCGGCCUGGUGCCAGGUAUGAGAACGUGGACACGGGCCUCGCGUCUGUUGUUACCAUACCAUCUGCAUCUACAGCUCCAACGCGACAGGAGCUCCUGGAGAUGGAUGAAAGAAUGUACCAGACUAUGGAAAAGGACCUUGAAGAAAAAACGAUGGAAGUUUAUAACAAAAUCCCAAGCAAAGACACGAAAGAAGAAACUGGCUCCGUGCCGAGUGGAAAGGAGUGCGAUAUCCUAACCCGGUUAAGAUCCCAAACAAUACAACAUAAGCAGCCACUGCCCCAGAAAGGUCCCCAAAGGCAUGAACACAAUGAAGAGGUGGAACAUAAAACCCAGAGGGUGUCUGGCCAGGCAUCACUCAGCUUGAGUGUAAAUUCCUCAGGUCGAAGUUACCGAGAGGCUCUGAGCUUCCAAACCCAAAACCCGGGCGAGCCAGAAAUGCCAUCCAUCGCUUGCGGGAGAGCGUCUGGCCAGAAGAUCAUUGGCCCAGAACCAGGAACAAGCUACCGACACCCAAGCAAGCUGCACUACACGGCCAUCCACAUGUUUGAAGCCUGGAGAGAAAAAGGCUUAGGUAUGGGUCCGUGCACAAAAUGCCGAAACAAGGGCCAUAACGUGGCAGAAUGUGGGUUGGGUGAAUGGCGAGAUCUGCCCGACAACCCUGCCAUCGAAAAUCGAUAUUAUGAACCUUACAGCCAGUACCUACGACCAUGGCCUCCUGGUGCGAACAAGGUUCCAUUCCCGAUAUGCUUCUACGAGCCUACAUAUUCAAAGGGUAGCACCGAUUGGCCGGACCUGCCACCUGCGUACAGCAAGACGGGCAUUCACGCUGGCCUGGUUGAAGCUGACAAGGGAAUCCACUACUCACUCAAACUCCUCCUCUCGAAGCAUAACAAGGGGCCAAAGCCCAACUACGAUCCAGCCUACCAUAGGCCAUACAUGUGGUCCCCUAAUCCAGGAGAUUUCCCCGGAGAGAAGAGACGUCGUCCGAAAGUGGAGGCCCGUAUUAACCCAAAAGACGCUGAAAAGACUGGUCGACCGCCUCCAGUUUCAAGUGGGGACGAAUUCAAGCCGCUAUCGCCCAAAACCGUUGACGAUGGCUUCCGUGGUGUCGAUCACCACCCACAUAUACCAAACUCAGGGUAUGAUGCCAAACCACAGCCGCCCACGCACGAGCAGCCGCCUACAAAAUCAAUAGCACAGCCAACAAAAGAUGCUUUCGGAUGUGAACGGUCAGUAGGCGAAUUACAAGAUCCGAAGCUACCGGUACUUGUGGUAAAUGGCGAAAGGGUCGAUGUGAGCACGCUCGACUGCACCAAGAUUACUGCCGAAGAACGAAAGCACCCGGGAUUGCGUCCUAAGUAUCUGGAAGAAGCGCAGGCGCAUAUCAGUAAAUGCAUUGAAUUCCACAACAUCAACAUGUCGGACUGGAAGAAAGCGAGCCGCUACACCCAAUGGUUCUUGGAGGAAUGGCUGAAUGUUGAGAGAGACAUUCAAUUUGUGCUCAGACAGACAAACAGAAGCGAUAUGUUGGAGGGCCGCCUCAGUAAGUUUGAAUCUGACACAAGAUUCAAGCUACAAUGCGAGGUACUCAAUGAUCUCGGGGGAAGCCUUCUGCGACGAACUAAGAGCCAUGCCCAAGCCCUCGAGAAACAGUUUGAGUCCCUGAAAGGUAGCAGCCUUACGGGCCAAGAAUUCCCUCGACUCGAGAAGGAUCUUACUCUCCUUUGGAAGGAUUUCAACAGAGGCAUCACCACCGACCUUGACACGGCGUUCAGUGGUCCCGGUCAGAUGGUAGUGCGUGCGUGUGAAUCACACAAAGCAUGGCUGGAUGAAGAUGACUUCAACUCAACGUUCAGGAAAGCAACAGGUGGCCUGCUCCCCCAACGAAGUUCUGAGGAGUCGAUUCUUCCACUGUGGCUCUGGCCGGCCGCUUUCCAGAAAGCUUGGAUACACGGUUUCCGCAUGGGAGUUCCAGACGUCCGGCUCGAACAAGUGUUCGUCACGUCAAAGCAUCCCAACAAGAAGCGUAAACAAGGUGAGAUGAGUGGCUAG